GCAGUUCUGAGAUGGCACAGUCUGCAUUUGGUAAUGGCGCACCUGCGCGGCUUCCUUCGUGUGGGUUGUGUAAAGAGAUGACGUUAUCGAGUCGGCUAUGCCAGCGACAGCACGUUACCGACGCGGCCUGCAUGCCGAGCUUUCUUGCAAGCAACGCAACCAACCGUGUUCUCUAUCUUCACAUUGCAUAGCAUUGUCAAUCGCAACAUGGCUCACCUUGCGCGUCGCCUCUUCACAACUACCACGCAUCGGCGGGCUUCUGCCGCAGAAGCAAGCGAGGAGAUAUUCAAGCGCUUUGGCAAUGGGAAGCCUGUGUCGAUCAGAAAGCAAAUCCUAGAUGCGAAUCAAUUACAGUUAUUGAGCAUCACACUGAAUCGUACUCCAACGUCGAACAAUCCACCGCCAGAAGGUACCCCUGUACCGCCCGGAUACCAUCUCGCCUACUUCACACCAAGCAUUAUCGAAUCUGAGCUUGGACUCGAUGGCACAGAUCGUACUGUCAAUCCUCUUUCGCCGUAUACAAGACGUAUGUGGGCUGGCGGCGAAUUGACAUGGGCGCAAGACGCCAAUGAAUUGCUGAGGGUAGGCCAGGAGGUGCGCGAAACCACGAAGCUCUUAUCAGCAGAGCCAAAGAAGCUCAAGAGCGGUGGAGAGAUGCUGGUGGUUGGUGUAGAAAAGACAUUCGAGAACGAUAGGGGCAUCGCGCUCGUAGACAAGAGGAACUGGGUCUUCCAGAAGGAGAUUACACUUGAGAAUCCUUCGGCCCUCCCUGCCAAACCUGGGGAGAAGGCGCUCCCAUCCGGUCAUCACACACGAGACUUUUGCCAGUCAGAUGUCACACUAUUCAGAUUCUCCGCGUUGACUUUCAAUGGACACAAGAUUCACUUCUCGCCAGAGUGGUGUAGAGAGGUUGAAGGACACAGAACCUGCGUUGUGCAUGGGCCGCUGAAUUUGAUCAACAUGCUGGACUUCUGGAGGGACACAGCAAAGGGCGGGAGCUCAGAGGCAGCUCCCAAGUCGAUCGCAUACCGCGCCAUAUCGCCACUGUACAUGGGUGAGCCAUACCGUAUACUGCUUGCGCAAGGUGGGCAAGGCAGCGGGAGCAGCGAGUGGAAUGCGGACAUAUGGGACAGCUUUGGAAAACAGAGCAUGAAGGGCACGAUUAAGGAAUAGAAACGAAACGCAAUACUUACAUCUACAAGCUGCAACAUCGAGUGCUUGCUGUCAUCAACACGCGACAGCGUUUUGC